CAUCCCUAGCGCAGCCGCGUUCUCCCUCGGCGCUCACCAGGGCAGCCCGGCAGCUCCACCCCACAGCGAGCGGGAGAUUUGAAGGGAAGAGGCGGCUCCAUGGUGGAGGGCCCGUGCUGCGCGCUGUUCGCGGAGCGGCUGCGGGCGCGAGUGCGCCGGGGCCAGGCGGUGCGCAGCGCGCGGGGCAGCGCUCUGCCGGCUGGGGCUCGCGCUGCGACUGCUGCAAGUGAGGAGAGAACCACUAGUCAUGAUUUCCUUACUGGACAAGUUUUCAGGGGUGUGGAAACAUUGGGAAAGGAAUUUUUUAUGUAUUUUGAUCAAAAAGCCUUGAGGAUUCACUUUGGUAUGAACGGUUCCAUGCGCAUUAAUCCUGAUGGAAGUAAAGACAGAAAUGGAGCAUUACCAGUUUUGGAGAUACAGCUUAUAAAAGAUACUAUUUGUUUCUUUGAGGUGACAGUAGAAUAUAGAAAUGUAGCAGAGUGUGAGCAGAAAGUGAGAAUGAUGGAAAGCUUGGAUGUCUGCUCUCCAAAGUUUAGCUUUUUAAGAGCAGAAAGUGAGGUAAAGCAGCAGAAAACACAGAUGUUAUGUGAUGUGUUACUGGAUCAAAGAGUAUUACCUGGAGUUGGAAAUAUCAUAAAAAACGAAGCACUAUUUGACAGCGGUCUCCAUCCAGCUGCUAAAGUUUGCCAAUUGACAGAUGAGCAUAUACGUCACUUGGUGAAAAUGACACGUGGCUUUACCCUGCUUUUUUAUAAGUGCCGCAAGACUGGGUCUCCACUCUACAAACACUACAAAGUAUACAGGCGCCAAACCUGCGGUCAGUGCAAUGAGAAAAUCACUGUGUGUCGUUUAGGAGAGAAUAACAGGAUGACUUACUUCUGCUCUCGAUGUCAAAAGGCUGAUCCCCAGCUUGUCAACGUUAGCAAACUGCCAACUAGAAAUAGCCUAAUUGGCUGGGCAUGUGGCAGGGGGUCAUGUUCUAAUGAACACGUAGCUCAGAAAUGUGAAGAAGAGUGGACAUGUAUGCGCUGCACCCUAAUAAACAAGCCUUCUGCUGAAGCUUGUGAUGCCUGUUUGACUUCAAGGCCGGAAGUGAGUUCUUCACUGAAGACAGAGGAUGCUGAAGAUUCCACAGACUUUAAUGUAAACCUCAUUAAAUAUCCUUGUAAUGACUUCAGAAAACCAAGCAGAGAAAUAAAGAUCAACAGAAAAGCUGCAUUUGGAACUACAACUCUUGUCCUAACAGAUCUUGGUAAUAAAGCACUAUUGAAAGAUGACAUCCAACUAUCUGAUGGAUGCUCUGAGUAUGUUGCUCCAAAAGGCAAUCUAAGCCAGAAUCAAAAUAAUAUCUACCACUCAGGAAUAAGCAUAGACAAGUAUUGCUCAACAAAUGUAACUUCUGUGGCUUCAUCUUCUUGUCAGGAGCCUCUAUCUUUCAAGCCUGCAAAGAAGAAGCAGAAAACUCAUCACAUACCCUCUGUUCACCAAUAUAAUGUAACGAUUGGCAAACCUCAAGUUAAUUCAACAGAUGAUAUUCAUACACUGAGCACAGGCCCUCCUCAUUGCAGUAAACAUGGUCAUCUUUGCAAACUCAGAAUUGUGAGGAAGGAUGGAGAAAACAAGGGCAGAAUGUUUUAUAGCUGUCCUCUACCCACAGAAACUCGGUGCAAUUAUUUUCAAUGGGCUGACUUGAAUUUUCCAUUUUGUCACCAUGGCAAGCGAUGCGUUAUGAAGAUGGUGCUGAAGCUUGGUCCCAAUAAUGGAAAGAACUUUUUUGUGUGUCCAUUAAGAAAGGAAAAACAAUGUGGCUUUUUUCAGUGGGCAGAAAAUAAGCCAGUUACACAGUCUACUCCUUGAUGUUAUAGUUAUUUAAGACAUCCUGAGAAAUAGAUAAGUACAACUCUCAUUGGUCAUUUCUGUUUUGCUGUUACUUCUGUUUUUCCUUUUCACUGAUUGAUUAGUCAAAUUGCUCCCAUAACUAAGUAAGUAAAAACUACAGAUUACUCUGUCCCAAUUUUAAAGAGUCCUAUAACAUUAAUUACUGCUUGUAUGCUGCAUACUAACUUGCAAUAUAUUGUGACACACUAUUAUAUUUUCAGUCAAAUAAUUAAACUGCUUUCUAUUUUUCAUGUAAAUGUCACUGCACUGUCAGCACUGCAAAUUUUCAAGCUGAUAUGCAUUAUGGAAUGGAUAACUUAAUCUGAAUUUGUACUUGAAAUUGGUAGAGUCUUAUAAAUGUAAACAGGAACUUAAUGAAUAAAAUUUACUGCCUUCUUCAAUAUAGCUUCAUGCUUUAUUUCUUCAGAGCUUGAAAAGAAACAACAACAGACUGUACAUUUUAAAUUCUACUAUAGCUGAAUGACCUUGCUAGAUUUGGAAAACAGACACACACUGCCCCACAGUUAAUAACAUGACUCUGCAGUUUUCUUAAUUAUGUUAUAAAUCUGGAUCUUAAUAUUUGAUUUUGGUUGCUAUUUAAUCUUCUUCCCUAAUCCACAUUAAAUGUGUAAUAAAACCAUUCCACAUCAUUCCACUUUGGUGGUAAAACAGAACUGAAAACUUGUAAAUGGUUUACCACUCAAUAUUGCUUUUCUUUGAGCUUUUUUGGAUGGAAGGAGUGGCAGGGAAGAUGGUACUUGGAAUUAAAGAAAACUUAAUUUUCCUGAGAAAUCUGUGGAACUACAGUCCAGUUUAAAGCCUCAAUGCCAUGCUGUGAGUGAAACCAAUUAAUUUUUGUCUUUGCCUUCAACUUCAGAGGAGACUUUCUUCUUUCUCUUUUCAGUAGCCUAUGCCACAUUUCAAGACCUUUAAAUGUUUCCUUAUGUGAGGGUAAUCUUCCUUUAAAAAAAAAAAAAAUCAGGCUGUGGAAAGUAUAAUUUUUAUGUUGUUUGGUGGAUUCUUUCCAACUUAUAUACAUCUUUCAUGAAGCCUGUUACUUAAAGUGGGGUACUGAACCCUACCUGAGAACAAAACAAGCUACUUCACAUGGUUAAAACUUUUUAUAUAAAAGACACCAAUAAUACUUAUUGCUACGAUGGUACAUCACUGUUCUAAGCUAGUUUGUCUUAUACAUCUAAAUCUUUAGAACUGUCUUAAUUUACAAUUCAUUACUAUGAGAAGGUGAUUAUUUUUACAUGUGGUUGGGUGUCUUGCACAAGGAUAAAUCUUCAAUGGAUCAGCUAAACAUGAAAAAUACAACUACUUUUGAUCAUUUGCCUUUAACAAAUGCGAAGCUAGAACUUGAAUGACUUUUUCAGACUUUGACACUUCAAAGAUAACAGGCUGUCUCUUUUUAAAUCUUACCCAUGAGACAAGAAGUAAAUGAGUAUUUGUUUACAUAUAACAUACACUAGCUUUAAAGGAUUAACUGUUUUUAUUAGUUACUGCAGUUACUUUCUUUUGUAUUUCCUUAUUUCUAGAACAUGCUGCGUGUGAAAAUAAGUAAAUGCAUAAGCAAUAUGGAAAUUUAACCUGGACAGUGCAGGAGUAAUUUAUAAGGUGUAUUUACCAUUCUUUAAUGAAAUGUGUAUUCUGUCCUGCUUAAACUAAGGAAAUGUAUACAAGCUAAAAUGUUUUGUCCUGAUCAGUGGUUCAUCCAUUUAAAAAGUAAUUUCUCCUGAAGUCUGAAUACUUGAAAUGCAUAAGAAAUCAUCUAGAUGUUAUUAUUAAAACAAUGUUUUCUCUUUGAAUAAAAGUUGUUUUAUUUAAAAAAAUAUCUGAAACAUCUAAUUCCUGUUGUUUUUUGUUUGCCUAACUCCAGCUGUUAACAUGUGCUAAUCCAUGUUUAUUAUCUCAAAUAUAACAUAAUAGGCUAGCACAGGCUAUCCAGUUGAAGUAAUCAGAGCUGUCUGCAUAUAUGUAGCUUUAACAACUGUACAUCACAACAUGCAAAUGUAAAUGGCAAAGGGCAAGGACAGCUAUAGCUCAUCAAACCAGCACCUAGAGGAAUUUAAGAUGUUUGUACUCCAGUGAAGCAAGAGACUAAGUAAAAGACAGUUAAGUCUAGAUCACCACCUGUCUCUGCAUAACUCACUGCUUCUGCCAGUGCCUUUUUUCCCCUCCAGCCUGCUACUUUUCCUCCUCCUUAGGGAAAGAGAGCAUUAUACUACUUGUUUAACAAGCUGUGGCUGAUAUUUGAUAUUAAAAAAAAGUUUUUGAUAAAUAAAGUUACAAGAAAACUUAAAAUACAUCCUCCUCAAAAGAAAAGCAACCAAGGGUUCAAAGCAGUAGGUGGUUCUUGAAAGGAUCUCUUGUUCAGAAGUCCUGAUUUUGCCUUUUGUCCUAGUAUUUUACAAAUGAAGCUGUUGUGUUUUUGUUUUCACAAUUUAUCUAUUACAGUGCAAAUGAUGAAAUAAAUACAAAUACUUCAGAUUCUUACAUUGCUUACCUUUUUGGAUGUUGUGUUGCAUUGUGUAGCUGUGGGAGCUAAAAAGAACGAUGAUGUGAUAGUCAAAAGAGGAAACUGUCUAUCCCAAAAGUUUCCUGAUUUCAGUUUCUCAGGAAAUCUAUUGUAAGUAGUUUUAAAAUGUAGUCAUUUUCAAAGGCUUUGGGCUUUUGACAUAGAGUUGUUAGUUUAACCUCCUGUAUCUGUACAUAGCAAAGAAGCAAGCUGUGUUACAAGUUUCUCCAGGAAGCUGUCAGAACUGACAGACUCACGUAAGCUUCUUUGGCUUGAUACAUUUCAAACAAGAAGAUAAUUGCAGCUCUAUAGCUAGCUUUACUGGAAGAUUUUGUUCAUAAGUACUCUUACAAUUUUUGGAGAUUUUUUAGACAUCAGUAUUAUAACAUGUGACAGCGUGACUCACAAUGGAAGUUUGUAUUUAAUAUUUUUCUAGCUUUGUUUAUGACAAAGCUAUCCUCAUAGAGGAUCAAACUGAGGUCACAAGAUGUGAAGUAAAGACUAAACCCAGAAAACCCUAAUGCCAUACCUAUUUUCUGCUCUACAGCAGGCAAUUUAGUUACUAUCACAGUUUAAAUUUAAAGAGUACAUCUUUCACUUUCAAAGUAGUAUUUAUUUUCCAGUUGUCACAUAGAUCAGAAUCACACACUUUUCCUACAUUCAGCCCUUUGUGUCCUUAUUUAAACCACUUUUAUUAUCACCUAUUUGUUAAAGGCAUAUGUUUUUCUUAACCUAUAUAUGCACAACAACCAUUUGAUGGCAAUAUGAAUUCAGUAAAUAGACUGAGACGUGGAGUAAUGGUGUUACAUUACUAAUUCACUGAAUAAUAAAUUUACACCUAAAAUACAUACUCAAGUUCUGAGUCAUGACUAUGUCACAGCUGUAAAUACAGACCUUUACUAUUAUACAUAACUUUAUUUCUGCAUCCACCCAUCUGUGUAAAAUGUAGCCCUGGUUCUCACUUAUUUUUCUGAAAUGGAAAACAAUGAAAAGUGUUUUAGUUUGAUGGGAGAACAGAAUGUUCGAAGAAGUGAAGACACCAUCCUUUCAUCUACUAAAUAUGUGCAUGAAAUGUUCAUUACUUUCACAUGAAAUCAAAAGGUAUUGCAGAGUCUUUCACAGACUUCAUAGCAACUGCGGGUCCUCUUUCUCUCUAAACAAAAUCCCUUUGCUGGAAGAUUUAAGACUCUAUUCAACUCAUCCCUGUGUCCUUCUGCAAUUUUACUUGUUGUCAACUACACUUGUACAUGUGAUGAAAGCUCAAGUUAAACAUCUAGCAUAUUAAUAUCCUGCAAGUAUUUAUUUUUAUUCUUUUAAUUGACUAUGUCCAAUUUUCACUUAAAUAUUCAGAACAUACGUUCAAGAUCCACUUAGAAAAGGCUGGAAAUACACCCUAUUUUGCAGAGACCUCAGACUAAACAGUGUUCAGCCUCAGUUUAUGAAUGAAUAUAACCGCACACUUCACUGGAUUAAAAACUGGCCUAUGCAUACAUUUUGCUGACAAAUCUGUACUCGAGGCCAAUUUCAGCCAUCUGCAAAAAUACUCAAAGUGGGCCUUAGCAUAGCAGCUUGAACAUCACAUCUUCAGGUAAGAACUCAUUUGUACUCCAUUACUUUGUAGUUUAUGCACAGCAAAUAAAUAUUUUCAAAGAAAACUGCAUAUAAAUACUACACUGGACAGCAACUUGAGUAGGAGCUGAUCCCACUGCAGAGUCAGGCUGCAGAGCUUCACACCUUGUUUGAAACACAGAAUUGGGAUCCUAUGCAAGCGACCAGUAUCUACAGAACUUUAAGUACUUAUGGGGUAAAACAGAGAAGGUGGAAUUCAGGCAGGUUUAAAAAAAAAAAAAACAACAACACAAAACCCUGAAAUUGUAAUGUGCUUACACAAAAGGAGACAAAAACAAACAAACAAACAAAAAAAAAAAACAAACAGAGAGAAGUUAGAUCACUAAUUGUACACUCGAAACAUUAUUCAGAAAGUCCCAGCUCACAGCAGUGUGAUGCUCGUUCACAUGUAAUAAAUUAGGUACUGCUGCAAAUCAAAACAAAUAAUAUUUUUCUCUUUACUCACUGCUCCAGCUUUAGCUAGUGCCCAUUAAUUUCAAAUUCAAAGUCUCUUGAGCCACAGAUGAAUUAAUUUUAUUUUUGAUUUAAUACUAUAUCAACAAAUGAAGCACAUGAAAAAAUUCAAGCACUUGAACUUUGUUACUUAAAUCUCCAAAGGCCAGCUAAAGCCUAUUUUACAUACAACCACUCACCUAUAUCUAUCACAAAGUCUCUUCAAUGUAACACAGUAUGCAGGAUUGACAGUUCUGAUGGUAAUAAAUACUGAAAAAGGCCAUUCUUGAGACAGCACUAUUAAUCAAGCCACAUUCAGCUAUUUGGUCAAAAACACCAGUCAUUUUGUUAAUUGCGAGACUUCAAGUGACAAUCAGCUAGCAGGCUCUGCUGAUUGAGAUGUACCUUUUAAUGAUAGCUUAGGUGAUUACCUUCAAUUUCUAUUUAAAGAUUGCUUAGGCUGCUUGAUCAAAAUUACUGAUGAAAAACUUGUCACUGAGGUUGGCAUUGUUUCCUGGGAACGGAAAUGAUACUGGGCAGCAAAUAAACUCUACAGCUCAGUAUGCUGCUCUCAAGCUUCCACUCCUGUGGCAGCUCUAUAGCCUGAGCCACCAACCCACAGCAGAACUCAAGUCCAUUCAUCACUGGAGAGUGAUGUACAGAGCUCAUAACAGCUCUAGUUAUGAAAAGAGCAUGUUGGGAACCAUCUCUGAGAUUCCCAUACAUUCUCCAUCCCAUUUGUGAUUGUACAAAGGGAAAGGUUCCACCAGCAUGGCUAGUCAAUAGCAAUUUGAAAUGACGGAAUAUUUAUCUGGCAUUAGCACUUACAUUAUCACAACGACACACUACAUCAUUGUUAUAAAACUUUAUGCAAGAUUGAAUUUCUAUUCUCAACUCUGAAAGACUUGAUUUUUCAAAUUAAGUUAGAGUUGUAGAUCUAUUUUUGAAUGCAAUUGGAGAUACCUUAGCUCAGCUGAGCAAACAGGCACUUAUCUCAGGUCUAAACGUCUUCAUGAUUCAGUAACCAGACAGCCCUGUGAUAGACUCCUUCCCCACCCCCACCCCAAAGAGUUCAAAUAUACCAGUCAGCCAAAAACAGGGUAGUAUUUACACAAAGCAUAAAACACGGUGAUUUUCAAUUACAUAGUCAAGAAUUCACAGUACUCACAUUUUCACAAGAGCACUGUGAAACCUCAGUUGCUUUGAAAUAUGACAUUUCGAGUCAUAUAACCUCCUUAUGGGAAAGUCAAAUUCAUAUUUUAAUCAAGAGAAAGGCAUUAAAAAAAUAUCUGUUGCACAGAGGUUCUGCACUUACCCAUUUUGAAGAUGGAAAAUGUAUAUUAAAGAAUUAACAACUUAAAAGACUGAAGAGGAAGAUGUGACAGGACAGAACAGAAACAUGACAACAGCUUGUUGAUGAGAACUCUACCUGAAGUGGAAAUUCUUGAUAGAAACCCUGAUUUCUCACUUCUCUGAAUUUUACUGGGGAGAAAUGGCUAGGAUGGACUUGAGGGCUGAUCAUAAAGCCUGUUGAAAGACAGGCACCUUACUUCAGUGUGCAGAAAAGCUGUGAAGAAGUUACUUUUGCCUGAAAAUGUACUGUCACCAGCUGAAAAAACUUACUGCACUCCUCAGUUUCCUACUGCAUAUGCUUUUUUUCUUCCUGCAUUAUGCUUUGUGUAGGUAUUAGCAGCUGGGUGACAAACAAACAAAACAGCCUAUUUACCCAUACUCCAAGAAAGAGCUAAAAAAAUAAUUUAAAAAAAAAAAAGGUUUUCAGCCCGACAAGCAAGCUGAUGCAUUUUUUCGGACU